AUGAACAAAAACGGAACAGCUAAAAUGAAUGAUAAUCAAAUUAGAGCAGAAGGUAGAAGGUUAUUUAAACGCUUCUAUAACAUUCCUGAUGGUGUUAAUCCUAAAACUCGUAGAAGCUAUUUAAAUGAAGCAAUAGAUGCAUAUGAAGGGUUUGACAUUUCAUCAGAAAGUGAGAGAUUAGCGAAAAUGUUAAAUGUUAAUAUUGAUUUCUAUUAUUGUGAUCCUCAACCAGAAGACGUGGACAUAAAUAAGGUAGACUUUCCAUUAGUGGAAUCAAUAAUGAUAGAUCCAGAAUUUGAAACAGUAAAUAUUUUAUUAACACAGAGUCCAUGUGGAAAACUUCACGCUGACAGAAUAACAGACGUUGAAGCACUCACCGGCUAUAAAGUUUGUCCAUAUUGUAAAGAAGAAGUUUAUUCUAUCCGUGAUGAUCCAGAAAGGAAAAACCAAAGAAGAUUUUUAAAGCAUUGUGAGAAAUGUAAAGAAAAUAAUGGGAGAUUAAUUCAAGACGUUCAGUUGCAAAAGACACAGCAACCAUAUGCACCACAUAUUACGAAACAGAAGAUAUAUCAGUGGUUAUUAG